AUGGCCAUUGCCAUAAUUCCGAUGGCAUUGGAAUUUGAUUGGUCUUCUACCACACAAGGAUUUGUUUUAUCAUCAUUUUUUGUGGGCUAUUUGUCCACUCAAAUUAUAGGUGGAGUACUUUCAGAUAGAUUUGGAGGGAAGUGGGUGCUUAGUAUUGCUGCCGCAUUAUGGACAAUAUUUACAUUCCUUACACCAAUCGCCGCUAAAUAUAAUCUACCAUGUCUGAUUUUGUGUCGAAUUUUUUUGGGAAUUGGGGAAGGUGCAUGUUUGCCUUGUAUUCACUCUUUAAUUGCAGUUUGGUUCCCACCGGAGGAACGUUCUCGAGCCGUUGGAGCGAUCACCGCAUCAGGUUUUAUAGGAAUUGUAGUUGCCAUGCCUAUAUCAUCAUUGUUAAUUGCAAGCUCUCUCGGAUGGGAAAGCAGCUUUUGGACAUUUGGACUUGUCGGAUGUAUUUGGUCUAUUGCAUGGCAUUUUUUAGGUGCUAGUAGUCCUAUUAAUUAUCCCGGAAUAUCGGAAGGGGAAUUAUCAUUGAUUUUAAAGCGUGAAUAUGAUGUAAAUAGAAAUGGUUUAAGAUUUAAUCAAUUUGAGUCUGGAGUGUCAAUAGUGGAAGAUAUUGAUCUUGAAGUUGAAUCAUCAAGAACAAUAACAGCAAUUGAAGAAGAUAUUGAUCCUGAAGUUGAAUCAUCAAGAACAAUAACAGCAAUUGAAGAUGAGAAUACUAAACUGUUAAAAGCUAGUAGUGAUCAAAAUUACCUUAAGGUUGGCAAUGCGUCGAAUGAAACUUUGGAAAUAUCAAAUUCGAGUAAAGAGGAAAUUCCAUGGAAAUUAAUUUUUUCUCGACGAGAAAUAUGGGCAAUACUAGUUGCACAAUUCUGCAACUGUUUAGGUUAUUAUAUAAUGCUUAAUUGGUUACCAACUUAUUAUUCAGACAACUUUGGAGUAGAUAUUAAAAAUCUCGGGUAUUUUAUGGCUCUUCCGAAUAUAUCACAAGGAAUUAUGGGAUUUGUAGUUGGUAUAAUAGGUGAUUAUCUAAUCAACGAAUUAAAUAUUCGGGUGAUUACGGUAAGGAGAGGUGCGCAAAUUAUUGGAGGCUUUGGUCUAUCAAUAUUUCUUUUAAUUUCCGUAUACCUAUCAACAUCACCGAUAGAGGGAAUCUUAUUAAUAACAAUUGGAUGUGCAAUAGCGUCAUUUAAAGUUAUUGGUGUUCAUAUGGUUCAGCUUGAUAUAGCACCAAAAUAUGCAGGAGUAAUAUGGGGAAUAGGGAAUACGUCUGCAGUGAUUUCGGGAAUGUUUGGAGUUGCAUUAACAGGAUUAAUCUUGGAUAACUCAUUUAAAAAUUGGGAUUUUAUUUGGAAUCUGAUUGUAUUAUUCUAUUUAACUGGAACGAAUCCUGGAAUAUGUAUAGAUGUAUAUUAUUGGUCAAAAGAUCAUUUCAAAAAUUAUUUCAAAAUACAAAUUUUUUUAACCAAAAUUCAUAAUUUUCUUGUAAACAUUCUUGUAUCAACUUAG